UCCAUUGGUCAGAAGUCUCUCAGAGAAACGAUGGUAACAAAUUGCUUCAUUCCCCUGUCUUCCAUUGGUUGACUUGCUCUGGAGAAAUCAGAUUGGGUUACAAAUUUUGCUUUAUCCGCCGUCUUCACACGUAGAAAACUUCUGGAGCCAGUGCAACUGCAGCAUUUCAAAGCAACCUCCCUAGUAAAAGCGAGACAAGUCAUUCCAAUUUCCGCUUCUGGACAGCACCAAUAUCUAUCUAUUCCAGUCAUGUACAGGCAAUUUUCUUCGAACAACGGCAGCUCUACUGCCGAGCGGACUCUCAGAAGUCCGUCACGAGAGAGAUGCUGCUUCUGCGUCAAACUACAGUCAGGCACUGUAGCCAUUGCCGUGUUCUACAUUGUGCUGUAUGGCGCGACAGCUAUUUGCUCCACAGUCUUGCUCGCAAACGGAAGCGUGCAAACCAAACUUACUCGCGGUAUGUGCUACCACAUGGAGACUGCGACUGCAGUAGACGGAAAUUGCCAGCCAGGUGACGUCAGCAAAUACGAAACGUGGGUAAUACUUUUGGCAAGUGCAGGAUUUGUUAUCUCUGUUGUUGCUAUUCCUGUCGCCGCAAUGAUGAUGCAUGGAGUGUUGAAGGAUCAUUACAAUCUAAUAUUGCCAAUGUUUAUCUGGAACAUUGUGGAUAUCCUGCGUGAUACAAUAUGCUUUUUCUCAAUGUACAAGCUCUGGGGAGCGCUGCCUGAGGACUUCGUCCCAGUCUUUGUCGUGUUGUUCUUCAUAUUGCAAUCACUGAGGGGAUAUUUCAUCAGUCCUCUCUGGGCAGCUUACAGACGAGCCAAGUUAAACCAACAAGUCCGUGAGCCGAUACGACUAACAAAGCAGGUUGAUCCAUGGAAGCACAUGCUGAGCAUGGAAGCGGUAUCUGAAAAGGCUGUUUAGCUACACAACUGAACGUCGGUUGUGGAGAGACUAUAAGUUGUUUGUACGUAUACAAACACAUUGUAGACAACUACCUGCUUUGAAGGUAGUUCUAUAGUUUGACAGCGAUUGUUUGUUUUGCAGGAAAGUAUCCUUAAUUAUCAUUGUGCGUAUGACAAAAGAUGUACCCUUGCAUAAUUUAGAAGAAAUCCCUAAUUAUUUCAUUCGUACCAAUAUAUUAUGUAUCACCAUCGCAAAUAAUUGCUGCUUGCUUGUGGUCUUCAUACCUCAUCUACUGUCUGUGUUAUGUUAUCUUCUGCAAUAGCAAGUUGUUUUUAUGUUGUGUGCUGUGCUGUGCGCGCGCGCGCGUGUGUGUCUGUAUUGUUUAUGACUGAGCAUCUCGAAAACUAAGGUGAUGGCUGCAGGUAGGGAGGUAUAUUCCAAAGAUUGCAGUCCCAUACAAACUGAACAUGGUGACAUUGAAUAUGUACGAGUUUUCACAUAUCUUGGAUCUACAAUUGAAGCUUCAGGAAAAUUAGAUUUGGAUGUAGAUCGCAGAAAUAGAAAACCAUCCAAGACACUUGGAGCUUUACUUAAAGCUGUGUUUGAGGAUAAAAAUCUGACUACAUUGACAAAACGCAAAGUAUAUGAUGCUUGUGUGCUCUCUACACUAUUAUAUGGCUCUGAAUCCUGGACCCCUUUGAAGAAACAUCUUCAGAAAUUGAACUCUUUUCAUAAUAGAUGUCUUUGGUCAUGUCUUGGAAUCUCUAUCACAACACAGUGGGAAAAUCAUAUCUCAAUGAAACCAUAAGACAAAGAUGGGGAGAUCCUGACACUAUAAACAUCAAACUUAUAAGACGACGUAUGCAGUGGUUAGGGCAUUUGGCUCAAAUGCGCAACCAUCGAAUUCCCAAGAUGUGCUUCUUUGGGUGGUUAUCAGAAAAACGUCCACAAGGUGGCCCUAAGAAAUGCUGGAAAGACAUAAUUAGGAAAGAGCUAAAUGAUCUAAACAUUCCAGAAAGCUGUUGGUAUGACUUAGCAAAUAAACCAAGAUCUGCCUGGAAAGACCAUUACCAUGCCUGUCUGGAGAGUCCAGCAAAGUGUAAUCUGGUAAUAUUGAUUUAUAAACUGUUGUCUUCCCUGAAUGCCACAGAAGUUUCAGAUGCAUUAGUGACUUGCAGAGACACAACAAAUGCAUUGCUGAAA